AACACAAAAUACAAGAACGUCUCAUUUGGUUGGUUCUCCCAUCCGACUGGUUUUCUCAGAUUUUGCAUUGGAUAGUAUUUCACACAGUUUUCCCCCCCAGAGCCUCACAAUAAAUAAGGUGAACUUACACAAUUGGAUACGGUUGUCACAGAAGCAUGCCGCCACGUUUCUUACUCAUUGCCUCUGAUUAUUAAAGCGUUUAUUGAAGUGAGACGUCAAGCAUAUACGGCGAGGAGCGGGAUCUUGGUUAUCAAGGAUGGAUUUGAAAUUCGCAUUUCUCAUCCUGAUUGCGUCGUCACUGACACUGUCUGUUGCAGGUCAGUGUAUCGAGGUGGGAUUUUCAGACAGCUCAUAUACGUUUAAUGAAAAUAGUGGUACCGUCACCAUAAAUCUGAAACGUUCUUCGACUACUUUUGAAGCAUUUUCGCUCGAACUUCAAACAACGAAUAGAUCAGCAGUUCAAGGAAACGACUUCAGCUACACAAACCCCACAACUGUAUCCUUCGGUAUAUUGGUCAAUGAGGCUACCACUACUGUCUCUAUAACUAAUGACGUUAUUUAUGAAGACUCGGAAGAGUUCUACAUAAACAUCACUGGUGGAGCCGCCCCCAAGGCACUUUGUUACACCAACCAGUUCGCCGUCAUCACUAUAACGGACGACGAUCAAGCUAAGAUUGGUUUCCAUGGCGAUGCAGUGAGACACGUUAAAGAGGGUGUAGGAAGUGUUAACGUCACGAUUGAGAACACGGGAUCCACCGCACAGUCCCACACCAUGGGUGUUCAAGCGGUCAGCGGAACAGCUGUAUCCGGUGUGGAUUUUGAACCCUUACAAACCACCAUCACCAUCCCCCCCUCAGUCUCCACUUAUAACGUCACAGUCUACAUAACAGAUGACUUUGUCGUUGAGCCUAACAAGACGUUCUACCUAACCUUGAACAUCACUGACCCGGCGGUUUCCAAAGGAACUACUAACAUCACCUUUCACAUACUUAAUGACGACACCAGAGCGGUGAUGGGUUUCCAAGGCGACGUUGUUAGGUUCUUGAACGAGAGCGUUGGGAGUAUAAACGUGACGAUCGAAAACACUGGUUCCACGAAGCUACCAAUCAAUGUGAGUGUUCAAGCAGUAAGCGGAACAGCUGUAUCCGGGGUGGACUUUCAACCGCUGCAAACCACCAUCAACAUCCCUCCGUCAAUUUCCACUUUCGACGUCAUGGUGCACAUUAUAGACGACUCGCGCCUUGAGGAAAACAAGACGUUCUACCUGACUAUAAGUGUCACCGAUCCGAUUAUUUCCCUGAAAAAUGCUAACAUCACUAUCAACGUGCUUAACGACGACACACAGGGUAGGGUAUAGUAGCGUGAAACCAGGGUAAAUGUACAGUGUCGUAGAAAGGGGUGGGGCACAUGGGGCGGGUGUGUAUCACCGCUUAAUGUAAUAACUGCGACUUAAUGU